AUGAGUCCGCGCCUCUUUCUCCAGGCCUUCCUUCUGGCAGAGGAUUAUCUCGUUAGACAGGUAGAUACGCCAACGCCCACGGAGAACCGAUUCGUUCUCAUCGGUUCCAACCUAACCGGCGUCUUCUGCGCAGAUUCUCCGAUAUGGACGCAACCCCCACGAGCCCAUGCGGCAAGGAGAGGCUACAAGUAUGUCAAGUCCCUGCUGGCUUUCUUCUGUCGCACUGCAUCUAACGACGAUGUGCUAGAGGACCCCAGCGCAGAUUCGACUGGCUUCCUGAACCAUUUCAUCGACGAAAUUCGGACUUCGUUGCGCGGAUCGCCGCCGGAUGCAGUGAAGCCACCCUCGAAACCCCAACAACCGAAGAAGUGA